AUUAUCGACUCGAUAACAGAGUAGCAUCUUGGCCGCUUGAUGGCAGAGCUUAAGCACUUUGAUGGACAACCGGAGAACCCAUUUGCUGCGAUUGUCGAAGACCAAAAGAUUGCACGCUUCGACCACUACACGCUUGAAUCAGGUGUCACGCUACAUGAUGUUCCCGUCGCGUACAAGACAUGGGGGAAGCUGAACGCACAAGCAAACAAUUGUCUUGUCAUUUGUCAUGCAUUCACUGGAUCUGCGGAUGCUCAGGAUUGGUGGGGACCGCUGUUUGGCCCUGGCAAGGCGUUUGAUGCCUCACGCUUUUUUAUCUUUUGUGCAAAUAGUCUCGGUUCACCGUAUGGCAGUGCUUCUGCAUGUACAAUGAAUCCUGCUACAGGACUGGCGUAUGGACCAGAGUUCCCAUUAGUCACCGUUCGUGAUGAUGUGGCGAUACAUCGACAAAUACUAGAUGCCCUGGGUGUCAAGCAAAUUGCGAUUGUGGUGGGCGGAUCCAUGGGCGGCAUGCUGGUCCUUGAAUGGGCGUUCUAUGGUCCUGAGUUUGUCAAGACACUCGUGCCUGUUGCUACGAGUGCUCAUGCAAGUGCGUGGAAUAUCUCUUGGGGUGAGACGCAACGGCAGAGCAUAUACUGCGACCCAAAGUAUGAAGAUGGAUAUUAUCCGUACGAGGAUCCGCCUGUUGCUGGACUCGGAGCUGCGCGCAUGUCUGCUCUCUUGACAUAUCGCUCCAGAAACUCAUUCGAGUCGCGCUUCGGGAGGAAACCCAUGGCGAAGCCCUCCAGCCAGCCGUAUCCAGAUGCCUCUCCAGAUGACGCGCAUUGGGUCGCACACAACGAAGGACACUCCAAAAGACUACCGAAACGGCCUGCAGUGCGUUCUGGUUCCAUCUCAUCCAGUAGGCCACCCUCACCAGGCUCACGGUCAUCAAGCUUUGAUGCCGGCAGCGGCAAUAACAGUCUGGCUGCUAGUCUCAAUGCAUUGGGUGCACCACGCGUUGUGGCGACGCAGUUUUCUGCGCAGUCGUAUCUUCGCUAUCAAGCACAAAAGUUUGUCAAGCGGUUCGAUGCGAAUUGUUAUAUCAGCAUCACACGGAAGCUGGAUACGCAUGAUGUGUCACGGGACAGGGCCGGGUCUGUAGCAGAAGCACUCGGUAUGCUCUCACAACCUGCGCUAGUCAUUGGCAUUGAAUCAGAUGGACUGUUCACUUUCGGUGAGCAAGAGGAGAUUGCACGAUACAUGCCGAAUGCCAGACUAGAUCGGAUCGAGUCGCCUGAGGGACAUGAUGGGUUCUUGUUGGAGUUUGGGCAGAUGAAUGACAAGGUCGUGCGGUUCCAGCGCGAGUUUCUGCGGGACAUUAUGGAGCAGCAGAGUGAGGGAAGCGCACAGGAAGAGACGGUGGAUGUGCGGCCUAGCAAGUUUGGGGAAGUGGAUGACAUUACGGAGUGGUAGAUUAUAGUCUACUAGUUGUACAGUUACUACUACUUCCACUUCU